AUGUUUGAUAAUAUUUCUCUUCCGUCAGUUGAAGAGGUUCAAAAAUGGACGCGAACUGGCGUUAUUACCUUCUUACAAGAAAAUGCGGAUGAAGAUAAGUUAGACCUUGACGACGAAGACAUCGCUAAAAUUAAAAAAAAUAAGGUCAAAGGCCCAGCCUUCCUUGAAUUAUCUAAAGAAGACCUCCUAGCUUCUCCAUACAAUCUUCCUGACGGACCAGCUAGAACUAUCGCUGGAUUAAUUAGAAACAUCAAGGGCGAGGACCAGG